AUGAUGCCGCGAAGCUGUGGGAAUCCCGAAGUGAAGCUCCUCCGGACAACGUCAACCACCAAGCUCACGAUCCAACAACACUCUUUCUCGUCUAAACACUCAGCCCGCCUCGAACUCAUACAUAUACUAGCAUUUACCUGCCGCUGUACUUUCCUCACUCAUCCCGACAUCAUGGCCGGUGAACUCAAAUCACUCGUCUCCGACCUUACCAACGCCGUCAACCGCAAGCAGUUCGACACCGCAAAUGACCUCCUCAGCCGCGCGAAGCGCACUCUCCUUCUCCAAAACGCCCUGAUCCCCACACCCUCUACAUCUCCCGAACUUAUCAUUCUCGCCCGUGAGAUCCUUGAGACCGGAGCCCUCGCCGCCAUCCGCCAAACCGACGCUCCCUCUUUCACACGCUACUACCAGCAGCUACAGCCCUUUUACGACCUCGAGCGAGACGCCACGAGCGCUAAGAAGGUCGAUCCGAAGAACAGCCAGCGCAGCAAGAUCACAGGGCUGUAUCUCCUACUUCUAUUGAGCUCCGGGGAUAGCACAAGCUUCCAUACGGUGUUGGAGGGGCUUGUGGAGGAGGCCAGUCUGAAUGGGAAGUCGGUUGAGGAUGAUCCGUUUAUCAAGUAUCCGGUUGAUCUUGAGCGAAAUCUGAUGGAGGGCAGCUAUGAUAAAGUUUGGAGGGAGACGAACUCUGAGCGGGUGCCGUCGGAGGACUUUGCGUUGUUUUCGAAUGUCCUCGUCGGAACCAUCCGCAGCGAAAUCGCCGACUGCUCCGAGAAAGCCUACCCAUCCCUCCCGAUAUCCAACGCCAAGAACCUCCUCUUCCUCGAAUCCGAAGGCGCAGUCAUGGAGUUCGCCCAGCAGCGCGGUUGGGUCCUUCGCGACGGCCGGAUAUACUUUCCCGUUGAAGCAGAGACCGCCACACGCUCGGAGAAGGAUAUCCUUGUGGCCAGCGGGACGAUCAUUGAAAAUGCGAUUGGGUAUGCCCGAGAGCUGGAGACGAUUGUCUAG